AUCAUUUGGUUUCCUGAGACCAGAAAAAGAGAUAGAGGCAGUUUGAAGGAGGAGCAGAGAAAAUGAAUAUUAAUCCUGGGGCCACAUCAAAUUGUUUCGAAAAUAUGUACAUGGCGGAUCAAGAUGCAGUUUCGGCGUUUUCACUCGAACCAAACUCAUCAUCAUCUGGAGCAGCACUACCUCCAGAUCAGAAUCACUCAACUUCUCUUCUUUACAGCCUCUCCGUCCUCAAAGAGAAAGUUCAUCAAGCCAAAUCGCUGGUCGGUGUCCUUAUUGCUCCUCUAGAUCAUCACCAAUGUCAACAAUCGCAACAGCUUCAGGAGUCAACGACCAUAGGCGCCAUGGCAAGAAUGAGCAAUGUCAUUGAAGAAAUUAUUGUCACCGCGUCCUCAAUGAUGUUCACUUGCCAGCAGAUGGCUCUUGUUGCUCCAGGUAACGACACAAGAUCUGAACCAAACUUUACCAUUAGUACUGCUGGUCCUAGUAGUAACAAUAGAGACGCUGCUUUCAAUCCAACACAUGAUCAAGCACUUGAUUGGUUUAGUACUGAGAUCUACAACGUCUGUCCCCCUAGGGAAUUGAUCAGUAGGACUCAUGGACAUGUUGAAAUGAAAGAGUUGCCUCAAAAAGUUGAAACAAACAAUGCGUUACAGGUACAAAUUCUUUCUCCAAAGAACUCGAGCUACGAUAUUAUUGAGUUAAAUGCUGCUGAUUUGUUGGCUAAGUACACUCAUUAUUGCCAAGUUUGUGGAAAAGGGUUUAAGCGUGACGCAAACUUGAGAAUGCACAUGAGGGCUCAUGGUGAUGAAUAUAAGACUAGCAUUGCCUUGAGAAACCCCUUGAAGAACAAUAAGAGCAAUGCAAUGAACAUACCUGGAUCGAGCAAUGCUGAAUGUUUGAUGAAAUUACCAAGGAAAUAUUCAUGUCCUCAGGAAGGGUGCAGGUGGAAUCAGAAGCACGCAAAAUUCCAGCCUCUGAAGUCCAUGAUCUGCGUGAAGAAUCACUACAAGAGAAGCCAUUGCCCAAAGAUGUACGUAUGCAAGAGGUGCAACCGGAAGCAGUUCUCGGUGUUGUCUGAUCUAAGGACGCAUGAGAAGCACUGUGGGGAUCUCAGGUGGCAAUGCUCUUGCGGAACCACAUUUUCAAGGAAAGAUAAGCUUAUGGGUCAUGUUGCUUUGUUCGACGGACACAAACCACUUAUGAUCCAAUCUAAUUUUCCCAUAAGGCAUGGAAAAGCUGAAAGCCAAGCAGCCGGCCUGAUGCAGUGAUAUAUAUAGGUGGUACAAUAGUUUUACAUUAAUUCUUCAAUGAGUUGAUUUUCAUACGAGGAUUACGUAGUAGGUGGUGUGUGCUAAGUUUAGCGUUAGAUGCAUUAUCAUCAAACAUAUUGUGUAGAUUUCAUUUGGCUUGAACUCGAUCUAUUGUCUGCAAUGAAAUUUUUGUUUUAAAUGUUC